AAUAGAUUUUAGACAAAAGCGGUUUUUGAGUCCAAAGAUCAGGGUUGGGUUGACCUGCAGGCUGGAUACAGAGUGUAUAAAACAGAGGCAAGGCACAGGCUGAUAGCAGAGCAAUCACCACCAAGUCUGAAAUAACUGCAAGGGCACAGCCAAAGGCUUCCUGAGUGAGGAUGGAGGAGGGAAUGAAUGCUCUGCAUGACUUUGGGAUCCAGUCAACGCGCUACCUCCAGGUGAAUUACCAGAACUCCCAGGAUUGGUUCAUCUUGGUGUCCGUGAUUGCAGACCUCAGGAAUGCCUUUUACGUCCUCUUCCCCAUCUGGUUCCAUCUUCGAGAAGCUGUGGGCAUCAAACUCCUCUGGGUAGCUGUGAUUGGAGACUGGCUCAACCUCGUCUUUAAGUGGAUUCUCUUUGGACAGCGCCCAUACUGGUGGGUCCUGGACACCGACUACUACAGCAACACCUCCGUGCCGCUGAUAAAGCAGUUCCCGGUCACCUGUGAGACCGGCCCAGGGAGUCCCUCUGGCCAUGCCAUGGGUACGGCAGGUGUAUACUAUGUGAUGGUCACAUCCACCCUCUCAAUCUUUCGGGGAAAGAAAAAGCCAACCUACGGAUUUCGGUGCUUGAACAUCAUUUUGUGGUUGGGAUUCUGGGCAGUGCAGCUGAAUGUCUGUCUUUCACGAAUCUACCUUGCUGCUCAUUUUCCCCAUCAAGUUGUUGCUGGAGUCUUGUCAGGCAUUGCGGUUGCUGAGACUUUCCGCCACAUCCGGAGCAUCUACAACGCCAGUCUCAAGAAAUAUUUUCUCAUUACCUUCUUCCUGUUCAGUUUUGCCAUUGGAUUUUACCUGCUGCUAAAGGGGCUGGGGGUCGACCUCCUGUGGACCCUAGAGAAAGCCAAGCGAAGGUGUGAGCGGCCAGAAUGGGUCCACAUUGACACUACGCCCUUUGCCAGCCUCCUCAAGAACCUGGGGACACUCUUUGGCCUGGGUCUGGCUCUCAACUCCAGCAUGUACAGGGAGAGCUGCAAAGGCAAGCUUAGCAAGUGGUUCCCGUUCCGCCUCAGCUGCAUUGUGGCCUCCCUCGUCCUCCUGCAUCUCUUUGACUCUUUGAAACCCCCAUCCCAAAUCGAGCUGAUCUUCUAUGUCCUGUCCUUCUGCAAGAGUGCGGCAGUGCCCCUGGCGUCUGUCAGUCUCAUCCCCUACUGCCUGGCCCAGGUCCUGGGCCAGCCGAACAAGAAGACUUUGUAAGGGGAUGUGGAGUCUUCAGAAUUUACAAGUCGAUGACUGCACCAAGGAUUGAAGGUGGCUAGGGCCUUCUGCCAGCCCGUUGUGAGGCCAGAGGUACUAUAGAGUCAGCUCAGGUGACACCCCCUUCCCCCUUUGCAAUUCUAAUUGCACUGGGUGAUGUUUUUUUGAAAAGCUAAUAAGGCUAUUUGAGAAAGCCUUAUUGGAGGUUGGGUCGUUCUGGAUUUUUUUCCACAAAGAUAUACUUACUCUUUUGUCCAAUAUACAAAAGCAAGGCUUCUUGGUAGGGCCAGCUCAUAACACCAGGCUGGGGAUCACACUGAAUUUUCCACUCAUGCUCAUCCUUACCCAGAAAAGGAGAAAGGAGCAGUGGAUUUGAUAGGGAAAGAAGGAUUGAUUAAGGAGGAUUUUUAAAUAUCUUGCAUAACAUGCAAAUUGUAUGUCAAACAAUAUCUUAAUGGCUUUGAUUAUAUACGAAUCUUUAGGUAAAGGGCUCUCAACGGUGGGGGACCAACUUAAAGUACAAUGAAUAGGUCCUUAGUGGAGUAGUUCUGCUUCUUGUAUUAUUCUAUUAUAUAUCCAUGGUCAUUGUAUUUACUGGGAUUUCUGAAUGGCUGCAGUGAUCUGGAUAUUGUACUAAGUCAGAAUAUUCAGGCAAAGUCAGCUUCUCCUCCAUAACAUUCGAUCUUUCUCCUUAUUAGCCCAGCUCUGCUUUCCCCAGAAUUUUCCACUGAUUCCACAUCCACCCUGCUGGAUCCUCAGAUGCCUAAAAGUGACUCUAUAGUGGUGCUUUUGUAUGUUUCAGUUAAGCUCUGAAAUCUUGGGCAAAAUGGCAAGGAGAGGGCCAGGAUUUCUCUCUCCAGAAGGUCACUCCAAUGUUACUUUUGAUUCCUGGAGGUAAAUAUGACUCCUUUCUCUAUCCCAAGCCAAUCAAGAGUGCAUUCUUAGAGGAAAAGCCAACUCCUCCUCUUUGCCUAUUCUCUAGUCUCAACUGAUUUGCAGAAUAUGUCCUUUAAAAAAAAUGUUGAAACCUAUUUAUUUGAGAGUCCUUGUUUUUUCUACUAAUUAUAUAGCUUACCAUAUAGUAUCAUUCACACCAACCAUCCUGGUCAUAACAUCUUUGCAAAGAAAAAUAUAUACGUGCAGUAUUUUAUUAAAACAACAUUUUACUUAAGAA